AUGAUAAUCGGUCUCGAUGGCCGUCCUUGCUAUUAUGUAACAGAGACAUGCCCUAUUGAGUAUGCGUACUGGGGAUAUCGACCUUCUUUUAGCACGAAUAUCACCUUCGCUGCGCUCUUCGGCAUAUCUACUAUCGCAUAUCUUGUUCAAGGUAUUGCGGGCAAAAAAUGGCUUGGUUUCACCAUCGCGAUGGUCUCGGGUUGCGCACUCGAAGUCAUCGGUUACGUUGGGCGCAUACUGGCACAUAAGGACAUGUUCUCUGAGAACCCCUUCCUCAUUCAGAUCAUCUGCUUGACCAUCGCACCCGCCUUUCUCGCAGCAGGCAUCUAUCUCUGCCUCUCGCGCAUCGUUAUCACCGUCGGCCCCGAACACUCGCGCAUCAAGCCACUCUCCUACCCUAAAAUCUUCAUUCCUUGUGAUUUUAUCUCUCUCGUGCUCCAGGCUGCUGGUGGGGGUAUGGCCAGUGUCUCGACACACAACGGUGAAGACCCGAAGAAAGGCAACAACAUCAUGAUCGCCGGACUGGCUUUCCAAGUCUUCACACUCCUCGUCUUCAUCCUACUCGCUGCCGACUUCGCCUGGCGUACAUACCGCGGUCGGACCUCUCGAGGCCAAAUUUCUCCGGACCAACAGCCGGUUAUUCUCCGUCGGUCGUGGCCGUUCAAAGCUUUUCUCAUCGCACUAUCUCUGUCUACACUCUGCAUCUUUACGAGGUGCGUGUUUCGUGUUGCUGAACUGAGUGAGGGUUGGGACGGCCGUCUUGCCAAUACGCAGAAGUACUUCAUCGGACUGGAGGGCGCAGUCAUUAUUGCGGCAGUCUUGCUCUUGAACAUGUGCCAUCCGGCAUACUGCUUCAAGGAUGCAACCGAUAUGCGAGAAAUGCAGUUGCAGAGUCUUGCAGAUGGAAGUACUACUGAAUUUGCUGGGGUUCAGUUUGUUGGGGUUCAGUCUGGAGUACCGAAAUAUGAGGAGCGGUUGUAA